AUGUCCAAGUCAGUUGAAAUGUUCACAGCCAAACGCAUCGUCUUCGAAACGUCGGUUCCCGUGGACGAAGUGGUCGCGCGCCUCGACAAAGAGCUCAACAGUGAUAAGACUGGUCCACAUUUGCUCGAGUUCUUGGAGGAAGUGAAGACUAGGGAGCAGCUGGAACAGGGUAUUCAGAAACUCAGCGAGGGAGGAGACUUCGUCCUCUUCGGGAAGCUACCGCUCCACCAGGGGCAAAAAUCAUACUUCGGGACCACCGAUAGUCCGAAGAUAUACGAAUAUACGUUGGGAAAUCCCGUUUUGGCGCAACCGAUGCUGCAGCUGGAACCAUACGCGGCGCUACACAUCCCGCCACGCAUGGUAGUCUUGGAAAAGACAGAUAGGAGCGGAACGGAGAUCGUUUACAUGCAGCCAUCGUUCGUCUUCGCUGCUCCGAGGAACGGCAAAGUGGACGAAAAGAUGCGCGCCAUGGCAGAGGAUAUUGAUGACAAGAUGGAGAAAUUGGUCGUAAGAGUGAUUGGUGCUUGAUAGUAGUUCAAGUGGUAGGGCCCGGAA